UCCAGCAUGCCAAUUUCUCAGGAUGCAUAAACGGGACUUACGGGAGAAACUGUAUCGUCCAUGGCAACGGUACCCAUGGAAACUUCACAUAUAAUGCCAACACUGUCAAUCAUCUAAUCCAGCAUGGCAACGGCUCAAUUUGCCCCAACGGGACCUUUGGCGUCAACUGCACUUACCAUGGCAACGGCACAAUCUGCCCCAACGGAACCUUGGGUGUCAACUGCACUAUGAAUGGCAACGGUACUCAUGGCAAUAUGACGCAUGGCAGUAUAGCACAUGUUUUAAGUCAGAGCUAUGGUCAGUACAGCACCUUGAUUGUGGACUUGAUGAAAACUGGAGCCUGGAGCGAGAUCGACAGACCCCAAGUGACCCUUCUUGCGCCAACCAAUGCAGCGUUCAGCAGCCUCCCGACGGCCUACCGAAACAACCUUGACAAGCAGGCCAAUUUUCUGAAGAGCACAAUGAUGUACCACAUCUUGGACGGCAUCCACGGCCCCGAUUCUCUGCAUCAGAACGACAUGCUCACCUCUCUGGAGGGACACCGCAUCCACGUCUCCAUGCAGAACGGCCACGUGCACCAGUUCAACAGGGUCAGCAUCAUGAACGUGAUUCAUGCCACCAACGGCGUCAUCUACGUCCUGAACGGAGUCCUUCACCUUCCAAGCAGCCCUAUUGUAUGAAGUAGAGCAGAAGUAACCUGUGAAAGAGUGUGAGUGAGUUUAGUUUUACGCCGCACUCAGCAAUAUUCCAGCUAUAUGGCGGCGGUCUGUAAAUAAUCGAGUCUGGACCAGACAAUCCAGUGA